UGCGUAUAGAAAACAAAUUGUGAAAUAUGGGAAAUGGGGAAACGUCAAACAUUCAUAACGAGCAACACGAACUCUGGACAGGAUGACGAUUUUAUUAAAAAGUUUAAGAAAUCUUAAAACAAUUCAAACGCAAUCAAUAAUAACACGAAAUAUAUGUGUAAGCCUACGAGUAGACAACAACCAGACCACCUCAGCGGGUGCCACUGAACAUUAUGAUAUAAUCAUUGGUGGAGGCGGUUUGGUGGGCACUGCUUUGGCUGCAGCCCUAUCAAAAAAUAAAACUUUGGCCGACAAAAAAGUAUUACUAUUGGAAGGAGCUCCACCGUUCAAGGGAUUUGAUGUCAGCAAACCGUAUGGUAAUCGUGUAUCAGCCAUAAAUAAGAAAACUAUUGCCCUAUUCGAAUCAAUUGGUAUUUGGGAACGCAUGACAAAUGCCCGAGUUAAGCCAGUAAAACAAAUGCAGGUUUGGGAUGCAAAUAGUGAUGCUUUGAUUAAUUUUCAACAUGACCACUUUGCCGAUGAUGUAGCCUGCAUUGUGGAAAACGAUUUAAUGUUGGACUCCAUUUAUAAUCAAUUGAAUGAAAAUGCACCUAAUGUUAUCGUACGUAAUCUAUCGAGAAUAGCUGAUGUCAAGUUACCCUCAAAAACUGGAAAGUCAUCCUCUGAAGUUACACUACAAAGUGGAGAAAAGUUCUCGUGUGAAUUAUUGGUUGGGGCCGAUGGUGCCAACUCCUUGGUGCGCAAGGAAAUGGCUGUGGAUGUCUUUUCCAUGGAUUACAAGCGUAUGGGACUUGUUGCUACUUUAGAGCUGUGUGAGGCUGGUGAUAAUUCAGUUGCUUGGCAACGUUUCAUACCGACCGGACCAGUGGCGUUAUUACCUCUGACGGAUAAAUUAAGUUCUCUUGUUUGGAGUACCACCGUUCCUCAUGCCAAAGAGUUGUUAAACAUGACACCCGAACAAUUUGUGGAUGCUUUAAAUGAAGCCUUUUGCAAAGAAUUCCCUAAAAGUGAUGUGGCUGUCAAAGCCCUUGACGUUUUGAAUUCAAUGCUGGGCCAAAACACAAAUACCCUGAGACAAUAUCCGCCACGAGUAGCUGGAGUGAUGGAGAAAUCCAGGGCCACAUUUCCCUUGGGAUUUUUACAUGCUUCCUCAUAUGUAAGGCCUGGAGCAGCUUUGAUUGGUGAUGCCGCCCAUCGUGUUCAUCCAUUGGCAGGACAGGGAGUAAAUCUUGGCUUUAGCGAUGUCUCUUUUCUGGUCGAAGCUUUGGCCGAGGGCACAUAUGCCGGUGCCAAAUUGGGUGACAUGCAAUAUCUAACAAAAUACGAACAACGAGCUUUAACAAAAAAUGUGCCCAUAAUUGUGGGUAUUCAUGGUCUACAUACACUAUAUACGACCACAUUCAGUCCGGUAGUAUUGCUUAGAAGUCUGGGACUACAGCUGACUAACAAUAUACCACAAAUUAAAGAUAUUUUCAUGAAACGAGCUAUGGGUUAGAUGUUAGCGUUUAGAAUUUAUUCUUAUGUUUGUACUAUGGCCUACGUGGGCAUUAAAAAAAAUACUUUAUAAACAUUUAAAAUGUCUUUAAGAAAUAAAUGAUGAAAAUCGAUGGUAAAAAUAACUCUUUACUUUCAAAUUAA